AUGGGUGUGUCACAGUUGAAGUUGGGAAAACAGGACACAUUAAGUUAUAUCACUUUAUAUGUGUAUGAAACAUUUGGAAUGACUAAACAACGAAUAAAAGACGAUUCUAAGCGAAGUUCGGUUGUACAUGUUUUAAAAGUGAGUAGUUUUUUUGGUUUUCAUCAAUCAUUUAUUAUUAAACGUUUAUAAAAGAUAUUGACUACAUAACGUUCGACUUUUUUGUUGUUUUUUUUUUUACCACUAAUUAUAAUUUAUAAUGAACAAUUGUCUUCACACAAUACCUAUCAAAUAAAUAUUACGUAAAAACCUCGACAAAUUAAAAUGUCUCUAAAUAGCCGAACAUUUCUCAAAUGUUUUUUUACAAUUUAUCACGUUUAAAAAAAAGGAGAUAUACGUUUUCUGUCUAAUAGUAAUAGCAUUAUUUUCUUAAUUUUUCCCUUUCUUUCUACGUUUUUUUUUUUGAAUUUGCUCAAUAUUNUAAAACACUGAUAAACAAAAACACAUACCAUUUAUUUAUUUUUCAAGUUUAUUUCAUCACCUUUCAAAUGAUAUAUCAUAACAGUACCCUUAUAUAUGAUUAAGUGUAGUUAAAAUUACUUUGAAAAAUAAUUUGCAAUAGGUGCGAUUUUUGUGACGCCAAGUGUAUAUUGAAAAUUCAACAAAAAACGUCUGUUGUCAUUUUUUGAUUGGAGCAAUAUUUUCAGUAUAUAGAAAACAUAAAGCACAAACACCCGGGCAUACUUCGCACAUGGGUGAAGCCACUGUUGUAGAUGGAAAGUUGAGAAGGUAUGAUACAAACGGGAAUUUAAUGGAUAUCUCUAAGCAAUGAUAAACCAUUGUUAACGAAAAAGCGAUUCUGAGCGGAGUUCAGUUUAAUAGUGUUGCUUUGUCGACAAUAUAUAUGUCAUAUUAUAGUAAAUGAUUACAAUGUGCGUUUCCAUGAUAAAGACGAUUGUUUGAAAAAGAUUAAAAUAAUAAAAACUUGAUAAUUAUAAUUAAAAAUAAAUAAAAACGGUUGAUAAUGACAACUGUUUUUUUAAUCGUUCGACCUUGUUUAACCUAAAGAACCGGGUUUUCCUCACUAUCUCGAAUAUUAAUGAAAAUUUCAAAAAAUUACCCCUUCAAAGUACCGCCCGGAGAACGUUUCCCUUCAGAAAAAAUGUUAUACCUGAUAACCGGAGUGAGCCGUCUGGUAGAAAAAGUGUUCACAAAAAAAAAAAAAUAAACACCAUUGCAAAACCAAUGCAUUCCUCGCUCCGUUCAGAAUCUAAAAUUUAACGCAAUGAAAGCCGCCGUAAACCAGUCGUUUUUAAAUUUUCCGGUUUUCCCUAAUGAUUAUGAAAACUGCGCGGAGAACCGAGACGGACAAAUUACUUGAUUAAAGUCUCGUCCCGGCAAUUAAAACCAUUUGCCUCGAUAUUAAAACUAUAACGGCACGGGAACGCGUUUAACUACUGAACGUUAAUGUGCUACGCCGUGUCUCGCGCGUUCGUAAGACGGAGACGGUGGACGUCUCCGGCGGCGGCGUCCUGUUGACCGCCGGAUUGCGACGGAGAGAGAGAGAGAGAAAAAAAAAAAAAAACCUAAUCAUUCGGCCGGAUGACAAUUUGACUCGGCGUCAAAAUUUGUGAGAACCCGCACACGACGGUUUAAUACGAAUUGCGGACCGGACGAUCUUUUCGAAAAUGUCGACGUAUUGUUAUCGAAAUUUGAACGAAAAGUUUCCGAGUCAUUUUACGAUACCGAGGCGUAAAUAGCGCCAUCGUCAACGGGUAGAUGGAAAAUCAAAAAUGUCAACGCCGAGAUUUAUUAUCCGUUUAUUAGUGCGUAUAUUUAUGGAAUUUUCAAUGCAGGUUCUCGUUUGAAAAAUUCAAGUAUUUAUUAUCGCGGGACACUCCUUAAGUGCGUUGAGAAAUCUGUGUAUUCGAAAACAUCAGCUUUCACUACAAUUGAAAAUUCAAAAAAUAAUAAUAAUAACAAUCAGAAUUGUAAUGUUUGCGAAAUCAACCCAUACAUACAUAAUACCGGACGAACGUGAUUAAUACGUGCGCUAUAAUAUACUCGAUAAAUAAAAUGUAAUCAGUUUACGUCGAAAUCCAGGCGAUAAAUGAAAAAACGACAUUGGUCAAUGUUCCGUGCGAAUGAAUAAUUUAUUAUUAUUAUGAACGAACGCCGGACUGCUGUCGUUUCGCAUAAAUUUCCAUGUUAUAAUAAUAACAACAUUAUAACGCCGGGGCAGAUGCCCUCGCGGAAGACCGUAUACAGUCGUCGUUGUCGCGUGUCUUAUGACGGGGUCAACCAAAGCAAAAAAAAACCGAUUUUUUUUUUUUUUAUUAUUCACAUCAUAAAUCGAAAAAUAUAAUGGGAAUAUAGUAGGCAUACAAUUUUCGUGAUGUGUACGAGUCCCGUCGAUAAAUUCGAACGAAUAAAUUUAAUAUUACGUGCGAAUAAACACGCGUUGCGGGAAAAACUCUCACGCCUCGUAGUUAUAUUUUGGUGUUUUUUUUAGAGGUUUUGAAAGACGAUUAGGGUCGGUUUUUAGGGAGGAGCGACGGGGCCAUCGCCUCCCCCGUGACCUUUUCUUUCUAAACACAAUACGUAUGCAAUAUUAUACAAACGGUUAUUUGAUUUUUUUUACUUUGCUUGUUUAUUUUCAUAUUUUAAUAUGCUUAAUUCUAAAACCUGGCUUAGACCGAAGAUGCCUCAAAACCGACUUGAUGGUUUAGCGAUACUUCACAUUCACCGAGAACUUGAUUUUAUUAUUUGCUUUAGGAAAAAAAGAAAUCUUGUUUUUUUUUUUUUUUUUUUACUACGAUUAUUUUCGUUGUAAAUCGGCUAAACCUGAAAUUUUCACAGAAUGUUUAUAUUGACUUUUUCUAGACUUUUUCCAGGUGUUAUUUUACACUGUCAAUUUUGUCGGUCUAUGCCUUACUAAGGUUAGUGGAGCCAAUGUCCGACGCUAUAAUUUUCGGUAUACACUUGGGAGAGGGAGGUUGACAUUUUAAAUUGCCUCUCCCUUAAAGUUUGGCCAAAACUAUCACUGGAGAGGAUAGACUUUUGGUAAGUCGCAUUAAACUCGAAUUUUUAAAAUUCAGAUUCCUAAAAACUUUAUUAAGCGUCUGAAAAUUUAUAUUUGUAUUUUUUAAACUUUUUUGUUGAUCUCGCAACUAAUGCAUAUGUCAUAAAGAUUAAUCAAACAUCGAAGUUAAAUGUGACUUGCGGAAAUAUUUGCUCUUCCAAAUAAUAAUUUAAAAAAAAAAGUUAUCGAAAGCAAACGAAACAAAUUUUAAAAAAAAGCUUUUACUACCGUGUGCGUUUUAGAUGGAAAGUGGGAGAGGUGAGAAUAAAGCUAUUUAUUUUAUAUCUGUAAGUAAUGAUAAAUCAAUGCUGUUUCAAUCAGUGUAACUAAUUUGAACUGAGCAUAAACACGUUUAACAAAACCGAGAAUAUUUAGCGUUUUGCGACAAGAUGUUUUUAUGUGUAAAUUUAACGUUAAUUUCGUAUCAAAAACUAUACUUAAAUCCUUGACCGUGUUUUCUGCAUGAGUGAACUUAGAAUAAUUGAUAAUCAAUGACAAACGGACAACGGGACCUAAAGAUCAACAUAGAAAUGUAUUUUAAAACGUUGAGAAGAAAACCCAAGGUCGAAGCUCGAAGAACAAUUGCGUCAAUAUCCUCAUUCAACCACUCACAGUCUUCAACAAAAGAAGUUCGUGAACAACUUUUCUACUAGCAAUUUUAUUCCAAUCAAUUCUGUCGUAAAUUGCGGUUUUCUUUUUUUAAAUUUUAACUGUAUUUGUACCUAAAUACCAAAAAAUACAAUAAAAAAAAAAAAAAAGUGCAAAUUGAUAAAGUAGUGCCUACUGUGUUAUUCGAAUAGACAGCCAAAUAUUUUUAUGUCUUUUAUUUUCUGGUAAAAAAGAUCUGAGAAUUAAUGUAUAUAUUUGAUUUUUUUUUUCAUUUUUGAAGUCUGGUCUGUAUUUAAAAAAAAAAAAAUUAAUUGAAUAUUUAAAUCUGCUCUCAAUACGUCACUGUUGGUCGCCAUGCACUAUCAAUUAAUUUUAUCGAUUCGGUGUAAAAACGAAAAUAUAACGGUUGUUAACACUACACUAUAAUGGGAGUAUCUUCGAAGUCCGCGGCCACGUUUCGAUUGAAUUCGUACGGAGACCAUGCCAAAAAUUCAUGCUUUUUUAAACGAACAAAAUCAAUAAAUAUCGUCCAAAUCCGAGGCGUGUGGUUGACGGAGUUGUGGCACAAACGUAUCGUUCCAUCGUCCAAAGUCGAACAAGGAAGCUGCUCCUCCGUUUUCGAUGUCGGUUAAAACAAAAUAAAAAAAACAAAAAAACGCUUUCCGGACGAGCGAACAACCAGAGGGUCGAGAUUUAUAAUAUAUUAUUAUUGUUAUUAUUUUAAGGACCGUCGUCGGACCCGCGUAUAAUAUAAACGGCCGGUCCCGUCCCGUCGUCGUCACGCUCACGAUAGUCGUGCGCGCGGAUGAUGGGCGAGAGGACGAAAUCGUUUUGGACAAUAACGGCGGUGGCGGCGGCGGGCGAUGCUGCGGAGAUCGCGGCAUAAUAUACCAUAGUAUUAUGUUGUAUACCAUAUCGUCGGAUGGUCGUUUUUUUUUCGGCAGAUCGUGCGGUGGCGGUAAAAUACUAUAUAUUAUAAUAUACGAAUAUCACAAUGGGAUCACCUCGAACGCACAUACAUACACACACACACACACGCACACACUAUAAUAGUAUUAUUAUUAUUACUAUUGUUGAGUGUGCGUCGUAUAAUAACAUUAUGCAAAUUUGCUAUACGUAGGGGGACGGUCGUUGUUACACACGACUCGCGGGUAUUAAACGGUCGGACUCGCAAAGUCAAAGUCCGCCGCCGCGCCGUCUCGUGUAAAAGUGUUAAACGGAUACGGAAUUCGAACAUUUCGCCGGGUUCUACAGUUAAUUUACACCGAUUCAAAUCGGAUUGUCGAAGCGAUAACUAAUGGGCACCUUCUUUAGAGCUUAAUAAAUAGUUAAACGAAAACCGCGUUCCAAAAUUCGUAACCGCUCGAGAAAUAGAGUGCGUACGAACGCACGGACACGGACAAAUUCAGCUUAUGUUACUCAAUAAUAUAUGCACGAGAAACUGAAGAUGCAAUAUUAUUAUAUGACGCUCAAUAACCGUGUAAGUGAAACGAAACCAUAUUAGGUUCAUUGAGGAAAAUGAAGGAAAGAACACCGUGAUUGUUUCGGUAAAAAAAACACAUACAUAGAAAAAUGUUCAGACCAGUAAAAACCAAUGAGCCAGAUAGGACGCUAUCAGAAACAAAACAUGUAUUAUAGAUACAGUCCAUAGUAGAAGAUUACUGUAAUGGUAAAGAAUCUGUGGAAGGACAAAUACCUCAUGGACGCUUUCGUUUAUGAAGUGCAAAUUUGGUGAGGAGAGGCGCAAAAUCUCUAAAUGGAAGAUCACGCUGGAAAGUAAGAGCAGCUGACUGAGAAAAUUCGAGAUUAGUUUGGGCGACCCCAUGAAGAAGAAGAACAAGUUAACAAUAUGUGCAUAUACAAUCACGUCCAACCACCGCUGUCGUUUAUGGUCACAAAAGAACGUUUUCAUUGAAUGUUAACACGUCGGAAGACUUGAAAAAAAAAACCGUUUAGGGAAUGUCACCACACCCGCAUCUGCCGUCACGGUCUAUAACUAAUGGAUAGGGAAACAAAAAGCAAAAUUUCGUAAAUUAAAAUUAAAAAAGGCGUUUAAAUCAUAGGGGCUACAUCUCUAACAUUCGCUUUCUGUUUGUCUCGCGUGUGUAAUAUAUAUCAAACAACAAAAGCAUACCGCAUUUCCACAAUUGCGGCUGUCCAAUUGAGUUUAGAGCAAAUGGUAUACGUUUUAUAAAAAAGAUCCUACUAUUGGUUUUUUUUUUUUUUUAGUAAUUUUAUUUCUAUUAAGUUACGAAUGGUUUUCAACAAGAAAUUAAAACGAUCAAAAGUUAAAAACAUCAAAACAAAUCGAACGUAUAGUAUCCGUAAUAGUAAUAAUAAAUCUGCGGAUCUCUUUUUCUUUAUAAAAUCCUUAGCCCUGAACUCAACCGGAGAUUCGUAAUCGUGGAGAAGCGGGAAAAAUUUAGUACUGCGAGAUUUGUAUACAUUUGUAAAGCCGUUUUCCGAAUUCGUACUGCUUUCCUUUUGAAGUCCAGCGUACGGUUUUCUACACCUAAACUAAUGAGUGAUAAUCUUACUGAACCGGAGUAAUGAAAUUAUUGAUUUCUAAAUUGUCGAGAAUGCUCGGUUUUCCUACAAUGACCGUAACAUUGUAUAUAUAUAUAGCGGUUAAAUAAUUCGCCGACCUAUAUAUUAUUCUAUUAUAUUGUUAUUACGGUAGAUUAUAAUAAUAUAUUAUUGUAACGGCGUAGCGGGAGGGUGAGAGGGGGGGGGGAGAAAUACGCGACUAGAAAACGAAAGCGUCGAAAACAAAAAUCGAGAGUGUGCCGCGUAUUAUAAAAAUAUACGCCGUCUUGUAUUCGUUAUAAUUAUAAACGUGCCGCCGCCGAUGGAAAAAAAAAAAAAAAAACCGCUAUCAUGGUACAUUAUAUUAUGGUAUGUUGAGUGGUAGCGUAAAAUUAUUUUUAUAAACGGUAAUCUCUAUUGUGUGCGUUUUUUUUUUUUUGUUUUUUUUUUGUACAUAUGAUACUGGUUUUAAAAAAUCCGAAACAACCGGAUAACCGACGACAAAUAAUAUAUUGUAUUUGUUUACGUAUCGUUUCUCCGGCCCGCGCUGCACUGCACUAAACGCGUUCGAACCUCGUUUUUAGUCACGUCCGAAAAUACGUUUCUAAAAACGUAUAGGUUAGGACAGGUUAGAUAACCGACCAGGAGUAUAAUAACGUUGGACUGCGACGGACGGGUCUUUGGUUAUUUUUUCUGGAGGGUGUGCGGUUGGUUCAUUAGCAUAAUGCGUUUUUUCGAGCAGAUGGGCGGAAGUGGUAUGAUAGCCGAGUAAGAGACAGACCGACAGAAAAAAUGCGAGCUAGUGGAGGUUAUGAUUAUAUACUACCAAAUGACUGGCCACUAGUUGAGAGCACUUAACGCAUACAGACCGUGCAGUUAACAAAAGUAUCCACCCAACUAAACUUUUUUUUCUUUUUAGAUUUCCCGGUGUCACCAAUACACACCCGUAAUCUAUAUCCAUUCAGCCGUUCCCCUCGAGAGACCGUGCACUACAAUAAUUGAUGUCCGUGCGUCACUGUGUGGAGUGCACGUAGAACGAGGAACCGGUGAUGGAUAUAGGGAGGCUGAAAAUAAUAAGAGAACUACGCUGCAGUCGAGCGUGAUGAAGGCGAAGACGUAG